AUGGGAACGAAACAGUCAGACACAGAAGUGGAGGGGGAGACCAUAGUAAAACAAGACGCCCUUACCACGAAGCACCCAGAUGUUGAAUUCCAUCCUAUGCUGAAGCAAACCAUUGAGAUGUGGUGUAAGAGUGGUAUUAGAGAUACAUAUGAUAAUAAGUGUUUUAAGAGGGAUGUGUUGAGUCGUAUCUCAGAGAUCACCUCAAUUAUGAGCCAGAUAGCUGAAGAAAGUAAUGGCGGCAACAGUGAUAAGUGUCGGAUAAAUGAUGGUGUCUACAGACUAGACUGGGAGUCUGUGUAUGAAGUGGGUGCUUCUAUUAUGGACCAAUAUUCAGCUACUGUAGAUGAGCUAUUGGCAGAUCUUGAUAAGCUUUACAGAAAACAAUAUUUGUGGCAAGACUCCGCAGUGCUUCUCGACUCCUUUAAAGGUGCUACCAUAAUUGGUAGGUUAGAGAAAUGGACAAAACUGAAAGAAGCUCAACUUGAAUACAAGCAAAAUGAGCUAGUUAGAUCUGCUGGUGAGAUUAAAAGGGCUUUAAAACGGUUAAGUACUGAAAAUGUUUAUGGUAGUUAG